CAGUUAUCCGCUUCCACGGGGAGUGUUUUUUUUGCUCAUCAUACGAUGCAGUUUGGAUAUUUCCGCCGGGUGGUGCAUUUCACGGAUUUCCCGCAGAAUUAAUUUUCUGUAAUAUCUUGGUGAAUUUAUUUGAAAGACUUCACAAGGCGAAACGGGCUGUUGAGAAGUUGACAGAUCACAGUUUUGAGAAUCACUCCUUCGGUGUGUCGUACAUACUGGACGAGGAGGCAGGAAGGGACGGGGGUGUAAGACCCCAGGUCCCGCGAGGGGCAUCUAAAAUGGGGACAGGAAGUCGAGAGCAGGAGUUUGGUCAGCCAGGGGCCAUGGGAGGCCCCCAGGGGCCCAGGCAUCGUCAGCAAGAGCUGCCUCUACGAAUCCUAGUGCCCACUCAGUUUGUGGGAGCCAUCAUUGGGAAAGAGGGACUCACCAUAAAGAACAUCACAAAGCAGACACAGUCCAAGGUAGAUAUCCAUCGUAAGGAGAAUGCAGGAGCAACUGAGAAGGCCAUCACUAUCCACUCAUCUAAAGAGGGCUGUUCACAAGCCUGCAGGAUGAUCCUGGAAAUAAUGGAAAAAGAGGCCAAUGACACCAAGAUUGUUGAGGAGGUUCCUCUAAAGAUCUUGGCCAACAAUAGCCUUGUUGGGAGGCUCAUAGGGAAGGAGGGCAGGAACCUGAAGAAGAUAGAGCAAGAUACUGGGACCAAGAUCACUAUUUCUUCAUUACAAGACUUGACUAUAUAUAACCAGGAACGUACCAUCACCGUGAGGGGAGGGGUGGAGGAGUGCUGUAAUGCAGAAGUGGAGAUCAUGAAGAAACUUAGAGAAGCCCAUGAGAAUGAUGUGGCUUCACUUAAUCAGCAGACUAACAUGAUGCCAGGUCUAAACAUGAACGCAUUGGGGAUCUUCUCCUCUGGCUUGUCUGUUCUCCCCCCAGCCUCUGGUCUGAGAGGAUCUCUGUCCGCCUCAGCCAACUACAGCCCCCUGCUGGGCCCCCCAUCAGUAUUGGGUAGUAUGUAUGGUGUUCCCUCCUCUGGAGCAUUAUCUCUUCAGCAAACAACUGCUGAACAGGAAGUGGUCUACCUCUUCGUUCCCACUCCAGCAGUAGGAGCUCUCAUCGGGAAGAAAGGGCAGCACAUUAGAGAGCUGGCACACUACGCUGGAGCCUCAAUAAAAAUUGCUGCACCAGACAAUCCUGAUGAUCCUGAGAGGAUGGUCAUCAUCACUGGACCACCAGAGGCUCAAUUCAAGGCACAGGGGAGAAUAUAUGGGAAGUUGAAAGAGGAGAAUUUUUUCACAGCUAAGGAAGAUGUGAAGUUGGAGGCACAUAUAAAAGUGCCUCUGACCGCCGCUGGACGAGUCAUCGGGAAGGGUGGCAAAACGGUCAAUGAGCUGCAGAAUCUUACCAGUGCUGAGGUCAUUGUACCACGGGACCAGACCCCAGAUGAAAAUGAUGAAGUGUUUGUUAAGAUAAUUGGACAUUUCUUUGCCAGUCAGACGGCCCAGCGCAAGAUCAGGGAGAUAAUUCAACAGGUCAAACAGCAAGAGCGGAAACACCAACAAAUGGUGCCAACACCCUCACAACCAUCAAUAUGAUCAGCAGAUGCCAGCAAGCAGCAGCUAAUGAAUGUAGCUCAUGCGAGGACAAAUCGAAAUUCAAGAACGAAUUCAAGAAAUUGACAAAGGGAGAGUGAGACAGAGCGGGAAACAGAGAGAGACAGAAGCUGAUGAAGAGGACCAGCAGUUUAAAACAACCAAAGAACUUAUAGCACAAAAAACAUUUGGUCAUGUGGAUAUGAAUGAAGAUGUUCGAGUUUGUUACCAGGUCAGAGAUCUUUUUUAUAAAGACGGACCUGAUAUUUCAUAUUGAGCUCUUUUUAUUAUUGAUUAAGCUGAUGUGAACGUAUAUAGAGGAUUUGUGCACUGUGAAGUAGACUGCUGGAUGAGGUGAAUGCACACUGCAGGUAGAUUUCAUAGGGACUUGCAGGUCUAGUUGUGCACUAGAUCUACUAAUUUAUUAAGAGCAAAUGUUAAUAAGAUUCUAAAAACAAUUAUAUAGGUUUAUUCAACUGAAUGUUCUUUGGAAACUCAUUUCAGGCUAUUUAAUGUGAGUAAUCAGAUUUGUUUGUUGAUCUUCUCUAGUAACUAAAAUCAUUAAGUGAUCUCACCAAGGAAUGUACAUAAUGUAAAAGACUGCUAGCUGUGAGCCAGCAUUUCACUUCCAGUUCCUCUUUACCACUGCUGAGUCUGAGCGUUUCUCCUCUGCUUGCUGCCCUGUUCUCUUUUCUCUCUUUUUAAAAAAAAAUAUUUAUUUUUGUUUCCUUGUUCCCGACUUAUUCAUCACACAAAAUAAGAGCUGUCUGUGUGCCAACUGUAAAGAAAAAAAAAAGUACAGUCUCUAAACAGAGGUAGAUCUAGAUCAUCUUACUUUGGCAAUCUACUGUUGAUAUCCUGUACUGUCCACGAAUGAUAUUACACGCUCUUAAUAUUACCUUACACUACCAUUCAAAAAGUUACUACUUUUCUGAUCAAAAGUGACUAAUGA